CCAGAGUCUUACAAAGAAGAAUUUCUUCAACAGCAGCAGCAUUAUAAGUCUACUUUGGAAGUGUUUUGUUUAACACCAAAUAAAUUUAACAAGAGUCUUGAUGAAAUAAUCACCUUUUUAGCACAGGUAUGGUAAAGAAAAUAUAGGAAAAAAAAAUUUCAGGAAACAGUUUCUAUAUUGUAAUAUUAUUACAAUUGGUUAUUAUAUCAUUGAGGAGUUUUUAAGAAUAGUAAUCAUGGAAGAAUAUUUGGAAUCUAUAGAAGAAAAGAUUAUAUGCAGAAAAAGUGUUAUAAAUAAACUUUAUUCAUUGAUUGGUUACUCGGAUGAACCGAUGCCUUACAGCAUAUUUGUUUAUGGCCAUAUAGCUACUGGAAAGUCUUUAAUAGUGGAAACUAUGCUUUCCUAUUUGAAAUACAAUGUUACUAUAAUUAAUUGUAUUGAACAUGCAAAUAGCAAACACAUAUUUGAUUAUAUCUUGAACGAUCUAUCUUUGAAUGUGACUAAUUCUAAGAUUAAUUCCAAAUUGCAACACAAAUGUGACAAUAUUAUAGACUUUAUAAUUAAUCUUAAAGAGGUUUCAUUAAUGGACAGACGGCCGAUUGUAAUAGUGUUCGAUAAAUGUGAAAAACUAAGAGAUAUGAAUGCUAGUUUACUACCUGCAUUCUCAAGAUUGAAGGAGCUAUCAAAUGUUAAUGUCUGUGUAAUAUUUAUAAGUGGUAUAGUAUGGGAAAAGUUUCAUGCAAAAAUCGGUAUAUACGAACCGAUUAAAAUUCAUUUUCCGCAAUACAUGCGAAAUGAAUUUGCUGAAAUAUUGCUUUCAUUCAAACCAUGCGAUUAUGAGGAAUUGUUUUACAAAAAUUAUUUAAAUUUAUUUCUCUCUGUAUUCUUUCGAUUCUGUAGAGAUCUUAAUGAACUUCGUUACAUGGCCAAGAUAAAUUUUUCUAAAUACAUACAACCUAUUGAAACUGAUAAAUCUAAUAAGGUUGACUCUACCAUACUAUGGAGAAACAUUUCUGCUGUUUUUAAGGCAAACUUAGAAGUUAUUUAUCUGCGAGUUUCGUCUGACGAUUUUGUGAAAAAUAAUCAAUUCUCUAAAGAGAUUGAAUCAACAACAAAAUUAGCAUUAAGUUUUGAAUUACCAUAUUAUGCAAAGUAUAUAUUAAUUGCUUCAUAUCUUGCCUCGUAUAAUCCUGCAAAAGAAGACAAACAUUUGUUUGUGAAAGAAAAGAUGAAGAAAAAAAUAAGAGCUAGUAGUAAAAAGAAAACAGCAAAAUUAAGUACACAAUGUGGCCCUUAUAAUUUUCCAGUAUCUAGAAUGCUUGCUAUUUUUUGCGCUAUUCUUGAUGAAAAAGUCGAUAUAAAUGCCAAUUUACUUACACAGAUACCAUCUAUGUGUCAACUUGGUUUAUUAACUGUUGUGGGAAAUUAUAAUUUAGAUGAACCUAAGCUUAAGUGUUGCGUAUCCUACGAUUUCAUUCUCGUUAUAGCUAAGACUGUUGGAUUUUCUAUUCAGAACUAUAUAUAUGAUAUGCAUUAAAGAAUGUGUACUUUUGAUAAAACACU